AUGAAGCGCACUAUCUUUGCAUCAAGUCUGAGGGCAACUGUCCCUAGCAGAAGAAUCCAAACAACUUUCCUGCGUGCUGCAUCCGACACUGCGGAAUCUCAACCCACAAAUCAAUCUGAGCAAACACAGGAAGCAACUACAUCAACGACAGACGCAACCAAAAAGGUCGCACAUAAGAAGACGAGCGCAGAGCUGGAUCAGGAACUCCGGGAGAAACUAGAGGCUUUUUCGGGAGAAGGAGGAGGUGCUGGAGUGGAAUACGAAGGCGGGAAAGCGGAAGGGCUUAAGAGGGGUGUCAAGUCGAAUAUGUUUAGAGUGAUAUGA